AUGGGGCCUCUAAGAAGCCUCAGUGACCAGCUGAGUCCCUUCCCUGCAGCCACAGUCCGCAGCAGUGAGAAGCAAGCCCUCAUGUCAGAGCUGAAGAUCAUGAGCCACCUGGGGCCCCACCUGAAUGUGGUCAACCUGCUGGGGGCCUGCACCCAGGGAGGCCCCAUCUACAUCAUCACCGAGUACUGCCGCUAUGGCGACCUGGUGGACUACCUGCACCGCAACAAGCACAGCUUCCUGCAGCACCACUCGGACAAGCACCGCCCACCCAGUGCUGAGCUCUACAGCAACGCCCUGCCCACGGGGCUCCCUCUGCCCAGCCACAUGUCCCUGACUGGGGAGAGCGAUGGUGGCUACAUGGACAUGAGCAAGGAUGAGUCAGUGGACUACGUGCCCAUGCUGGACAUGAAAGGAGACGUCAAAUACGCAGACAUCGAAUCCUCCAACUACAUGGCCCCUUAUGAUAACUACGUUCGCUCCAAUGGGUGGACACAGUGUGCUCAGAUCUGCCCAGGCUCACACCCAGGCGGAGACACAUUCUUUUCAAAGCCCUUCACACUCCCAGCCUUGCAGUGCAGAGUGGGCUGGGAACUGGCCACUGGCCCCUCUGGGCACUCAGCGCUGCUCCUGCCCCCACAGACCUUCCUGCCUCUGAAGUGGAUGGCCCCGGAGAGCAUCUUCAACAGCCUCUACACCACCCUGAGCGAUGACAUGGGCCAGGGGACCUGUGGUGGCACCCCUUACCCGGAGCUGCCCAUGAACGAGCAGUUCUACAAUGCCAUCAAGCGCGGUUACCGCAUGGCGCAGCCUGCUCACGCCUCUGCUGAGAUCUACGAGAUCAUGCAGAAGUGCUGGGAGGAGAAGUUUGAGGUUCAGCCUCCCUUCUUCCAGCUGGUGCUGCUCCUCGAGAGGCUGCUUGGCGAGGGCUACAGAAAGCUCCACCCUGAAUGAAGCCAACACCUCCUCUACCAUCUCCUGUGACAGUCCUCUCGACCCCCAGGAAGAACCAGAGCCAGAACCCCUGCCCCAGCCCCAGGGGGACUCCCAGAUGGAGCUGGAGCCACCAAUGAUGCAGGCUGCCCUGGGCCUCGGGCCGAAGCAGAGGACAGCUUUCUGUAGGGGCUGGCCCCCACUCUGUGCCACCAGAAGCUCCCCUUCUGCCACCAGGCCACAGCCCCCGGGCCUGGCAUCCUGUGAGCCGUGCUGCUCCUGCCAGCUGUCCCAUGUGGAAGGCUUCUGUCCCUGCCACACUGCUCCCCAAGCCCUGGGGCUGGCUCAGGAGGCCAGAGAACUGCAGGACCAUGCCCAGCCUCUGCCUCAGGGAGGCCAUGUGACUGAGCCAAGGUCCUUCCCAGGGGACCCAGUUUCCCAGUGCACAAGAUGAGACAUUGAACUUGGUAGUUCACAGUCCACCUGGGAGUCUCCCUGGCUGACAAGGCUGGAAUCUGGGGGAGUUUCCUGGGGGAGUGAGGGGGUCAGUAACCUCUCUCUGUUCAGCCAGCUACCCCUCAAGGAGUCGCAGGCUUGUCCCCACACUUCCAUCUGCCCAGGAGCUGGGGAAGAAACCCUGGCACCCCUGGCUCCUGGCUGAGCUGGGCUUGCUCUGGCCAGUGUUGCUUCGCUCUGAAGCCACCUCCCCUGACACUAGUCUCUGCUUUCCCAGGACUGAGCAGGUCUGGGCCAGCCAUGCUUAAUUAGUGCUGUAAUUAUUGCUGGGACUGAACCAAGUACAGUACUUCCCGGCCUGCAGACCCAGCCCGUAUCACGAGGUGGCCAGCACCUCACCAUGGUAAUUUUCUUGCUCAUGAGGGGAUAAGCUACCUGAGAAAAUAGAGUCUAAAAUAGUUAGUGAAGAAAUUAGAGGAAGUGUCCUUUGGUAUAGUCUGAGGAAAGGGAUAGCUGGGUCAAAUGGUGGUUCCAUUCCCAGAUUUCCAAGGAAUCUCCAUACUGCUUUCCAAAUUGGCUGCACCAAUUUGCAGUCCCACCAGCAAUGAGUGAGUGUACCUUUCCCCCCACAUCCUCUCCAACACUUAUUGAUGUUUGUCUUCAUAAUAGCUGCCAUUCUGACUGGAGUGAGAUGAAAUCUUAGAGUAGUUUUGAUUUGUAUUUCUCUAAUUGCUAGAGAUGAUGAACAUUUUUUCAUAUAUUUGUUGAUUGAUUGUAUAUCCUCUUCUGAGAGGUGUCUGUUCAGGUCCUUGACCCAUUUGAUGAUUAGGUUAUUUGUAUUUUUGGUGUUUAGCUUUUUGAGUUCUUUAUAUACCCUAGAGAUUAGUGCUCUAUCUGAUGUGUGAGGGAUAAAAAUUUGCUCCCAGGAUGUAGGCUCUCUGUUCACCCCACAGAUUGUUUCUUUUGCUGAGAAGAAACUUUUUAGUUUGAUUCCAUUUCUCUCCUUGGACUACACCCAAAGGACUUAAAAACAGCAUACUACAGGGACACAGCCACAUCAAUGUUUAUAGCAGCACAAUUCACAAUAGCUAAACUGUGGAGGCAAUUUAGAUGUCCUUCAGUGGAUGAAUGGAUAAAAAAAUGUGGCAUAUAUACACAAUGAAAUAUUACUCAGCAUUAAAAAAGAACAAAAUCAUGGUAAAUGAAUGGCAUUGGAGAAGAUAAUGCUAAGAUAAGCUAGCCAAUCCCCCCAAAAACAAAUGCCAAAUGUUUUCUCUGAUAUAAGGAGGCUGACUCAUAGUGGGGUAGAGAGGGAGAGCAUGGGAGGAUUAGAUGAAUUCUAGAUAGGGAAAAAGGGUGGGAGGGAAAGGGAGGGGGCAGGAGAAUAGCAAGGAUGGUAGAAUGUGAUGGACAUCAUUAUACCAAGUACAUGUAUGAAGACUUGAAUUGGGUGUCAACUUACUUUACAUUCCAACAGAGAUAUGGAUAUGAAAAAUUGUGGUAUAUAUGUAUAUUAAGAAUUGUCAUGCAAAAAAACACACGGUAUAUGUAUAACGGCAUGUAUUGACGUGAACAUGCUUUAUAUACAGAGAUAUGAAAAAAUAUACUCUGUAUGUGUAAUAAGAAUUGUAAUGCAUUCCACUGCUGUUGUGUAUUUUAAAAAAUUGAUAAAAGAUUAAAAAAUAAAUUAAUUAAUUAAGAGGCAGUGUCAAAGAAUAGUUUUUAAGAGCUUAAUAGGAUCUUCCAGUCCUGGUUGGAGCUGGAACAGAACAAUUAGAAAAUUCCUCUAAUGGUUUAUUUAAGGGGGUACAUUAAAGGCAUGGACAGGGUUUCAGGGGUAGAGUCUUGCUUCAUGAUGUCUUGCAGUCACAGGUUGAUUGGCAUCUUGGCCUCUCCAUCUCUGAGAGGCUGUGUGGCAACCAGGUCACCCCUUCUCCAGGCUGUGUGGGACCAGGCAGAGCUGAAUAGGAUUCAUAUGUGUCUGGAAGAUCUUACCAGCAGGGUUGCCACUGAAACUCCCCAAUACCGGAUUCUCCUAUUCAGUGGACUUCCUUGCUGAUUUCGUUCAUAUAUAGUCCAUGGAUGGCUCUCAACAAGCCCAGGACACUCGGGGCACACUGGCUGUGGACAGGACCCAUGUCUUCCAGGCCCCUUUGGUUCUGAGGCUUUUCCUCUUCAUCCUCAAGUUACAGGCCCAGCGGAUCCUGCAUCUGUGACAAAUGUGUUGAUGUGCCAGCAUUAUGUCCACAUGUGAGCACCAGUAGGUGGCCCUGACUCUGCAUUGGACUUGCUGUGACCUUGGAGGAAUCCCUUGCCCUCUCUGGGCCCGUUUUCCCCUUUGAAGAAUAAAUAAGUUGGACUCAU